GUAAGGUGAUUGAAAAUUUUUGUGCGUCUUUCAAAAUUACUUUCUUCACUUUAAAGUUCACUCGCUAGAUUCCAUAGCAUCUCCAUACAUAAGAUUUUUUUGUUAAACUCUCCAAGAAAAUAUAUUUAAAUUUCCAACCUUUUUUCGUGGGUCUGAGCUAUCUGUUAAACCCUAGUUUGAUUACACUUUGGAUAUCGUAAAAAUUGUGGCCUUUUCGAGUUUCUUGAGAUUUGGAGCUACACUCUUCUUAAACCUCUCAAGUGGAGUUGCAAAGUUUAGUCCUUUGAUAAAUUCCCCGAGUUUGUCUCGCAUGUGGAUUUGAAUACCGAAGAAACAAUGUCUGUGGAAAGAUCUUUGGAAGCUUGGGAAGAAGUUCAGAGACAUGGACACGACUUAGCUGACAGACUUGCUCAGGGCUUUAACGGUUUGAUUCAAAUCAACCCACCUUCAUUUCCAUGGCCGAAUCAUUAUAAUUCCAAGCUAUUCGAUCUCGAGUUCUCCGGUCAGCAUUUCGGGAUUAGGGAUUCUAAGUUUUCUAUUAACCAACCCAUCAAUGGCGUUUCGGCUAUUCUUGAUAUUGGGAACAAGAUUGGUCAAGCUGGUGUUGAUUUUGGCGCUGGAUUGAAUGUGAUGGUUCAGCAAUUCUUCAGAAGAUUACCUGUACCGUUCCGACAUGACGAGAACCCGUCUGUUUCUACUGAGAUAGAUACUGUCAGGAGGAGCCAUAAGGCUUAUGUUGACACAAAAGAGGACUCAAGGCUUUCUAAGACAGAUACUGCUUCCUCUGUUACUGUGUCUGAGGAGAAAGUUACAGAAUUGGAUUUAAGGACUAUUGGAUUACAUAGGAGACCAAAGGGAACGGUUGAGCUAUCAUCAAGUUAUGAAAGUAGUACAAGUGGUAUGGAACAUUCGUUAGCAGCCAGGGGAGAUCUUUGGAGAGUAGAAGCUUCUACUUCAAGUUCCCCUGCAAGAGAUGAUAGCUCAUCUCUCUUUCUACUCCAGCUCGGACCUCUGCUAUUUCUGCGCGGUUCAACUCUUCUUCUACCUGUUCAUUUAUCAAAGCAACACAUACUCUGGUACGGGUAUGAUAGAAAGAAAGGUAUGCAUUCACUGUGUCCAGCUUUGUGGUCAAAGCAUCGAAGAUGGCUUAUGAUGUCAAUGCUCUGCCUCAAUCCUUUAGAUUGCUCAUUUGUAGACUUGCAAUUCCCAAAUGGACAAUUAACAUAUGUAUCUGGUGAGGGAUUGACGACAAGUGUCUUUGUUCCUUUAUGUGGCGGUCUUCUUCAAGCGCAAGGUCAAUAUCCAGGCGAUAUGAGAUUUAGUUUCUCCUGCAAGAGUAAACAGGGAACACGAAUCACACCAAUGGUAAAUUGGCCUGAAAAAUCAUUCGCAUUGGGUGUUUCUCAAGCCUUGGCUUGGCGUAGGUCCGGUCUCAUGUUGAAACCUGCAAUUCAACUUAGCGUGUGCUCUACAUUUGGUGGAAGCAAUCCCGGGAUUAAAACCGAAGUUAUUCACUCGUUGAAUGAUCACAUCAAUAUGAUAUGUGGCUGCGCAUUCACAGCUCAUCCUUCAGCAUUUGCAUCUGUUUCACUUGGUCGGUCCAAGUGGAAUGGGAACAUUGGACGAACUGGCAUAGUUGUUAGAGCUGAUAUUCCUCUUCCAAACGUUGCUCGACCUUCUUUCUCCAUUCAGAUCAACAAUGCUUUCGAGUUCUGAAAAUAAGCUAACAUCUUUGCUAGGCUCAGAGAAGGAAGAAUCAACCCAAGGACCGUCCAUCGAUGAGGAGCUUUUGUGUUCUCUGUUGCUUGUAUGGGUCGAAACCUGUGACUCGCUGUCUUGUGACAAAAGCUCAAAGGCCUUAAACCUCAUUGCAGCUGAACCACUUGGAUCAGCUUCACGUUUCACCAGUGGUGGUUGGACUUUGAUUUUUCCUUCCAACAUUCUUACGACAGAUGACAUUGGUGGUCUCAAUGUCGGAGAUGGGUUCGUACAGAGUAAAGCUAUGUUCAACAUCCUCAUCGCUUCUUUCUUCGAAAAGCUUGUACCGAGAUCUGGAUCCAUGAGUUCUAGAAGACUCCCUUGUUCUUGCAAGACAUAUGCCCAAUCAAGAAGGUAAAUAAACUCUUCUUUUGGUCUGUAAUUUGUGUUGCUCUUUCCGCUAACAAUCUCUAAACAGACAACACCGAAGCUGUAAACAUCUGCUUUGUCUGUUAAAUAACCUCUCAUUGCAUACUCAGGAGCCAUGUAACCUCUGCAUCAAUGACAUAUAAAGUCAGUAAGUGUUAACCA